CAAUCAUGUUAUUGUUACCUACUAUCAUUUUUGUUAUUGUUGCCUGUUGGCUUUUGGCCUAUGCAUUUUAAUAUUUUUACUCUUUAGUAGGUAUGUUAUAGUUGUUAUACGUAUGCCUAAUGCUCUGUAUUGCAGUAUCCAGUCUUGAAUAAGUUGAAAAUGAAGUAAAUAAUACAAGCAAAAAUGAUCAUAGCUGUACUGUUAAGGAAGAUAAUCUAUCUAAUCCAGGCGAUCUAAUUUUAUCAAAUAACAGCAGUACCGAAACUAGUAAAACUCAAUUGUCUACAGAAUCUAAAGAAAUAAAUAAUACACCAAAACCAUGUUUGUCCAUGCACGAAGAUAACAGUCUUCUUAAAAAAUGUAUCAUUCCCGAGAAAGAUUUUUUUUUUUCAUAAUAAGUUAUAACUAUAAAUAUGCAUAUAGAAAGACUAUUUUUUUUUUUAGUAGUUUCUUAUGUCAAAUUAUGUUAGAAAUUAAAAUAUAAAUAAAUUUAGUACACUGUACACUACUACAUUCUGUUCAUUUAAAAUGAUACCAACCAAUACCACUAUUCCUCUAGUUAUAUUAUGAAUUAAUCUCUAUUGCCUAAUGCCUGAAUAUUUAUUUAAAAAUUGUUAUAAUAUAGUUAUAUAUGUAUAGUAUAUUAAAUGAAUAUAUUUUAUCUUUAGAAAUGACCCUGCCAAUUGGAUGAAAAAUCAAGAAACGAUAGAUUAUAUAUCAAUAAAUGGAUUCAAUCAAAAUUUGGAGAACAAUAAUUUCCAUAAAUCAAAAAGAACUUAUAAUCGAAUAAUUGGUGGUGUUAGACAUACUCGUUUUCGAUAUUUGUCAAAAAGUUUUUUUGUAUCUACUCUUGUUAAUGGUGAAAAAAAUAACCGAACCUUUUUGGUUUACUCAGAAAGUAAAGGAUCAAUAUUUUGUGCACCCUGCUACUUAUUUGGUGGUACUACAUCGUUUGCCACAGUUGGCUUUUCAGAUUGGAAAAAAGGUGAAGAAAAAAUUAAGCGUCAUGAAAAUUCAAAAAACCACAAAUUGUGUGUAAUUAAAAUGAAAGAGAGAGGAGAAGUAUUAAAUCUAAUUGAUCAAAAGCUAAAGUAUCAAGUAGAAACGGAAAUAAGUUAUUGGAAAAAUGUAUUGACUAGAGUUGUAGCUGUUGUUAAAUCACUUUCUUCUCGUGGACUGUCCUUUAGAGGUGAUGAUGACCAUUUUGGAUCUGUUCAUAAUGGGAACUUCAUGAUGAGCUUAGAGCUUAUUGCUCAAUUCGAUUCUUUUUUAGCACAGCAUAUUGAAAAGUUUGGCAAUAAAGAAAAAGGUUCAACAUCAUACCUAUAUUUUAAUAUAUAUGAGCAGUUCAUAAGUAUAAUGGCAGAUAAUGUUUUACAACAAAUGGUUAAAGAAAUAAAAGAAGCUAAAUAUUUUUAUAUCAGUAUUGAUUCUACUCCUGACAUUAGCCAUGUAGAUCAACUAUCAUUUAUUUUUUGGUAUGUUCAAAAUAAUGGCAGUCCGGUAGAAAGGUUUUUAGGGUUUUUACCCAAUUCUGGUCAUAAAUCUGAAGAAUUAGCAGAUGCUGUAUUUUUAGUUUUAGAAUAGCAUGGAUUAGAUAUAAACAACUGCCGUGGUCAAAGUUACGACAAUGCAUCUAACAUGUCUGGUAUGUAUACAGGACUUCAAGCUCGCAUUAAAAAAGUUAAUCCUUUAGCUACAUUUGUACCAUGCUCGGCACACAGUUUAAAUCUUGUUGGUGAAUGCGCUGUAGACUGUUGUAGAAAUGCUUCUAAUUUGUUUAAUCUGCUUCAAAAUAUCUAUAAAUUUUUCAGUUCUUCUA